AAUCCGUAUUGGCUAAUAUGGAUCUCGGGUAUGAUUAAGCCUACGCCAUUCAAGGGCUUCAAUGGUGGUGAUCGGGAAAUCACAGUGAAAAUGGAAAAUCAGCAAAAGGAGAAGAGUUCUGCAAAGUAUAGCAUAAUAGUGCCCACCUACAAUGAACGCCUCAACAUCGCUCUUAUUGUUUACCUCAUCUUCAAGCAUCUUUCGGAUAUUGACUUUGAAAUAAUAGUAGUAGAUGAUGGGAGUCCUGAUGGAACUCAGGAUAUUGUCAAGCAAUUGCAGCAAGUAUAUGGAGAAGAUUGCAUUCUGUUGAGGCCCAGACCUAAGAAGCUUGGCUUAGGGACUGCUUAUAUGCAUGGUCUGAAGCAUGCCUCUGGCAAUUUUGUUGUUAUAAUGGAUGCUGAUUUAUCACACCAUCCCAAAUACCUGCCGAGCUUCAUCAAGAAACAGAUGGAAACGGGCGCUAGCAUAGUCACUGGAACUCGUUAUGUUAAAGGUGGUGGUGUGCAUGGGUGGAAUCUUAUGCGUAAAUUGACGAGCAGAGGAGCAAAUGUCCUUGCACAGACUUUUCUUUGGCCUGGUGUAUCAGACUUAACUGGAUCGUUUCGUCUUUAUCGUAAAUCCGUGCUUGAAGAUGUCAUAAGCUCUUGUGUAAGUAAAGGGUAUGUUUUCCAGAUGGAGAUGAUUGUUCGGGCUUCAAGAAAGGGUUACCACAUAGAAGAGGUUCCAAUAACUUUUGUUGAUAGAGUGUAUGGAAGCUCAAAGCUGGGAGGAUCAGAAAUAGUUGAAUAUUUGAAGGGACUUCUGUACCUUCUCUUUACGACUUGAAAAUGAUCUCGAUCACGAUAGAUCUUCACAAUUAGCAGCUGUCAUUUAUCGUUAAAAGUUAUAUUAGACGAGUCUCUACAUAGAGCUUCAUCGACAUCACAUCACAUCACAUUUGAUUGAUUUUAACUUGUUUAAUACUUUAUGGGAGUCGAACAAUAUUUUUGUUUCUAAUUUUUCGACACUAGUAGUUUUGACGACUUCAUUCGAAUUUUGGCUCGUAGACACCACGUUGAUGGACCUCUGUAUUUACGCCCUGUCCCUAUUUUACAUGAUCACAAUUUGCAGAUGAAUUUUUUGCCGUCA